AUGGAAAUCCAGCGUAUACGUACACUCUGGGGUGUUGCACCGGGAGAAGACCUCAAGGAGUGGAAGAAGCUGUUUCCUGUGUUGAAGCAAGUUGGCUACGAUGGUAUUGAGGUUGACGUUACAGGUGUGGAUCAUAUGAUACUUCCCGCCCUCCGGGCUCUUGCGGAUGAGCACGAUUUCGUUAUUACAGUUUUAAUCCAUACUGCAUGGCCGAGUUAUGUUGGACCACGGCCUAGUGGCCUUACACCAGACGAUCAUUUGCAGUACUACCGCAAAUACCUCCAGCUAGCAAAGAUCCUGAGACCUAUUAAGGUUAAUGCACAGUCCGGUUCGGACAUCCUUACUCCAGACCAGUCUGUGGAGUUUUACCAGAAGACUUUCGCCGUAGACGAAGAGCUGGGAUUCUCUGGCCGGGUAUGCCACGAGACGCACAGGAACAGAUCGAUGUUCAACCCCCAGGUAGCAGACUAUAUUCUGCAACGUGUACCAAACUUACGCAUCACCACCGAUAUAUCGCAUUGGGUGGUUGUCUCAGAACGACUCCUCGAUGGCCCAGAAGACAACGAAAUUCUCGAGAGGGUCCUUCCUCAUGUCGAACAUAUCCAUGCCCGGAUGGGCACUACCCAGGCUUCCCAAUGCCCCGAACCCACGAAUCCUGUUUUCAAGGAUGAGAGGAAAUUCUUCGAAGGAUGGUGGUUACGGAUACUCGAAUGGCGCUUGAUGAACGAAGACCUGCGGCCCAUCACGUUCGUCCCUGAAUAUGGACCAUUCCCAUAUCAUCCGAUCAACUCCAAGAAGACGCAUGGGGAGGUCGCCGAUGAUGAGGCGACUCGCCUGUACGACUUAUUUAGCGGGUUUGUGACGAAACACAAAGCUGUGUGA